CUUCUGUUUUGGGCCUUCCAGAUCAUGGGCUACAAAGUUGAUCUUUUAGGUGCUCACGUUUAUGACCCAGAGCGAAAGGCCUACUAUCCAAAUUUCACUCAUCUUUUGAUCAGAGUCAUUCUUGAAGGUCAAACCUACAUUGUUGAUGGUGGUUUUGGGGUGGAUUAUCAGAUGCGGCAACCGAUGGAGUUGAUUUCUGAGAAGAACCAACCUCAGGCCCCAGGAAUCUUCUGCUUCACGGAGAAGGAUGGAGUGUGGUACCUUCACAAAGCCAAGCGCAAGAAAUUCAGGAUGGAUUCCGAGAACAAAAUUCUCUGCUCUGAUGUUGUAAAAAACAUGACCUGCAAGAACAUUUACUUGUUUACCUUGCAACCAAAGACAAUAGAUGACUUCCAGCCGGCCUGUUUACAACUCCAAACUGAUCCAAAUUCUAUGUUUUUAAGGAAGUCUGUCUGUAGCCUCCAGACUACGGAUGGAGUUCUAGUUUUGAUUGGGUGGGUGCUGAUUGAAACCAAAUAUAAGGAUGACAUGGAUCUAGUAGUAAGCAAGGUCCUGACAGGUGAAGAAGUGCAGAAAAUCCUGAAGGAGCGAUUCAAGAUUCAGCUGGACAAAAGGUUUGUCCCUCUUAACACCUGUUCAGUACACAGGUUUUAA